AUGCUGCUCCCUGCCCUCCUCUUUGGGAUGAUGUGGGCCCUGGCUGAUGGGCGGUGGUGUGAGUGGACAGAGACCAUCCGUGUGGAGGAGGAAGUAGCACCCCGUCAGGAGGACCUGGUACCCUGUGCCAGCCUCGACCAUUACAGCCGCCUGGGCUGGCGGCUGGACCUGCCCUGGAGUGGCCGCGCGGGGCUUACCCGGCCCCCAGCGCCUGGGCUCUGUCCUAUCUACAAACCUCCAGAAACCCGGCCUGCCAAGUGGAACCGGACAGUGAGGGCUUGUUGCCCAGGCUGGGGGGGAGCCCACUGCACGGAGGCCCUUGCCAAAGCCAGUCCUGAAGGCCACUGCUUUGCCAUGUGGCAAUGCCAGCUACAGGCAGGCUCAGCUAAUGCCUCAGCAGGAAGCCUGGAGGAGUGCUGUGCCUGGCCCUGGGGACGAAGCUGGCGGGAUGGCAGCUCCCAAGCCUGCCUCAGCUGCUCCAGCCGACACCUGCCAGGCGGUGCCUCUUCUCCAGCCCUCCUGCAGCCCCUGGCAGGGGCCGUGGGCCAGCUCUGGAGCCAGCACCAGCGUCCCUCUGCCACCUGUGCCUCCUGGUCGGGUUUCCACUACCGCACCUUUGACGGACGCCACUAUCACUUCCUGGGCCGCUGCACCUACCUGCUGGCAGGUGCUGCGGACUCCACCUGGGCUGUCCACCUAACACCUGGGGACCACUGUCCCCAGCCUGGACACUGUCAGCUGGUCCAGGUGACGAUGGGACCUGAGAAGGUGCUGAUCCAGGCUGGAAAUGUGUCUGUGAAGGGGCAGCUGGUACCUGAAGGGCAGUCUUGGCUGCUCCACGGGCUGAGCCUACAGUGGCUAGGGGACUGGCUGGUGUUGUCAGGGGGCCUAGGGGUCGUGGUACGGCUGGACAGGGCUGGCUCCAUCUCCAUCUCUGUGGACCAUGAGCUCUGGGGACAGACUCAAGGCCUCUGUGGGCUCUACAAUGGCCAACCAGAGGAUGACUUCAUGGAGCCAGGCGGAGGACCGGCCAUGUUAGCAGCCACCUUUGGAAAUUCCUGGAAGCUUCCUGACUCGGAGCCUGGGUGUCUGGAUGCGGUGGAGGUGGCCCAGGGCUGUGACGGCCCCCUGGGGCUCACAGAGGCAGACGUAGAACCUGGCCACCUGCGGGCUGAAGCCCAGGACGUGUGCCAUCAGCUGCUGGAAGGUCCAUUUGGGCAGUGCCAUGCCCAGAUUUCCCCUGCUGAGUACCACGAGGCCUGUCUCUUUGCCUACUGUGCAGCGGCCAUGGCGGGCAGCAGGCAAGAGGGGAGGCGGCAGGCUGUGUGUGCCACCUUUGCCAGCUAUGCCCAGGCCUGUGCCAGGCGGCACAUCCACAUUCGCUGGAGAAAACCUGGCUUCUGCGAGCGCCUGUGCCCCGGGGGCCAGCUCUACUCCGACUGCGCCUCCCUCUGCCCAGCCAGCUGCGAGGCGGUGGGUCAGGGAGAGGAGUCCUGCAGGGAAGAGUGUGUGAGCGGCUGCGAGUGCCCGCAAGGCCUCUUCUGGAACGGUACCCUCUGUGUGCCUGCCGCCCACUGCCCCUGCUACUACCGCCGCCAGCGCUAUGCACCCCGGGACACCGUGCGCCAGCUGUGUAACCCCUGCGUGUGCAGGGAUGGCCGCUGGCACUGUGCCCAGGCCUUAUGCCCCGCCGAGUGUGCCGUGGGCGGGGACGGGCACUACCUCACCUUUGAUGGGCGGAGCUACUCCUUCCGGGGCGGUCAAGGUUGCCGCUACAGCCUGGUGCAGGACUAUGUGAAGGGACAGCUACUGAUCCUACUGGAGCAUGGGGCCUGCGACUCUGGGAGCUGCCUCCACGCCAUCUUCGUCUCCCUGGAGGACACCCACAUCCAGCUCAGGGACUCAGGAGCUGUGCUGGUCAAUGGGGAGGACGUGGGCUUGCCCUGGAUUGGCGCUGAGGGCCUCAGUGUGCGCCGAACUUCCUCUGCCUUCCUGCUGCUGCGCUGGCCUGGGGCCCAGGUGCUCUGGGGACUGUCUGACCCUGCAGCCUACAUCACUCUGGACCCCCGCCAUGCCCACCAGGUGCAGGGUCUGUGUGGCACCUUCACCCAGAACCAGCAGGACGACUUCCUGACACCAGCUGGAGAUGUGGAAACUAGCAUUGCUGCCUUUGCUAGCAAGUUCCAGGUGGCCGGCAAGGGAAGUUGCCCCUCUGGGGACAGUGCCCCGCUCUCCCCCUGCACCACCCACUCCCAGCGCCACACCUUCGCAGAGACAGCUUGUGCCAUCCUGCACAGCUCUGUCUUCCAGGAAUGCCACAGGCUGGUGGACAGGGAGCCAUUCUAUCUGCGCUGCCUGGCAGCCGUGUGUGGCUGUGACCCUGGCAGGGACUGCCUGUGCCCAGUGCUGUCUGCCUAUGCGCGUCGCUGUGCCCAGGAAGGUGCCUCACCUCCCUGGAGGAACCAGACCCUCUGUCCUGUUCUGUGUCCUGGUGGCCAGGAGUACCGAGAGUGUGCCUCAGCAUGCGGUCAACACUGCGGGGAGCCAGAGGACUGUGGGGAGCUGGGCAGCUGUGUGGCCAGUUGUAACUGUCCUCUGGGGCUGCUGUGGGACCCUGAGGGCCAGUGUGUGCCCCCCAGCUUGUGCCCCUGCCAGCUCGGAGCCCGUCGCUAUGCCCCUGGUAGUGCCACCAUGAAGGAGUGCAACCGCUGUGUCUGCCAGGAAAGGGGCCUCUGGAAUUGCACAGCUCGCCGCUGCCCCCCGCAGCAGGCAUUCUGCCCCAGGGAGCUUGUCUAUGCCCCUGGUGCCUGUCUUCUCACCUGUGACAACCCUAGCGCCAAUCACUCCUGCCCUGCAGGCAGUGCUGAUGGCUGUGUCUGUCCACCAGGCAUGGUGCUGCUGGACGAGCGCUGUGUGCCUCCUGACCUCUGUCCCUGCCGUCACAGUGGGCAGUGGUACCCACCCAACGCCACCAUCCAGGAAGACUGCAACAUUUGCGUGUGCCGGGGCCGGCAGUGGCACUGCACAGGCCAGCGGUGCAGUGGGCGGUGCCAGGCGUCAGGCGCCCCCCACUAUGUGACAUUUGAUGGACUGGCCUUCACCUUUCCCGGGGCCUGCGAGUAUCUGCUGGUGCGAGAGGCCAGUGGCCUGUUUACAGUCUCUGCCCAGAACCUGCCCUGUGGGGCCAGCGGUCUCACCUGCACCAAAGCAUUGGCCGUGCGUCUGGAGGGCACUGUUGUGCACAUGCUCAGAGGCCGGGCAGUGACAGUGAAUGGGCUGAGCGUGACGCCCCCCAAAGUCUACACAGGCCCUGGGCUGAGCCUGCAUCGUGCUGGCCUCUUCCUGCUGCUCUCGACCCGCCUGGGCCUCACCCUGCUCUGGGACGGAGGGACUCGGGUCCUGGUGCAACUGUCCCCUCAGUUCCGUGGUCGCGUGGCUGGGCUGUGUGGUGACUUUGAUGGAGAUGCCAGUAAUGAUCUGCGGAGCCGCCAGGGCGUCCUGGAGCCCACAGCUGAACUGGCCGCCCACUCCUGGCGCCUCAGCACCCUCUGCCCUGAGCCAGGAGACCUGCCACAUCCCUGCGCAGUGAACACACACCGGGCUGGCUGGGCUCGGGCCCGCUGCGGGGUGCUGCUGCAGCCGCUCUUCGCAUCAUGCCACGCAGAGGUCCCCCCGCAGCAGCACUAUGAGUGGUGCCUGCAUGACGCCUGCGGCUGCGACUCAGGGGGUGACUGUGAGUGCCUCUGCUCAGCCAUUGCCACCUACGCAGAUGAGUGUGCCCGGCAUGGGUACCACGUGCGCUGGCGCAGCCAGGAGCUCUGCCCCCUGCAGUGUGAAGGGGGACAGGUGUAUGAGGCCUGUGGCCCCACGUGUCCCCCUACCUGCCAUGAGCAGCAUCCUGAGCCUGGGUGGCACUGCCAGGUGGUGGCCUGUGUGGAGGGCUGCUUCUGCCCCGAGGGGACUCUGCUGCACGGAGGAGCCUGCUUGGAGCCAGCUUCCUGCCCCUGUGAGUGGGGCAGCAACUCCUUCCCGCCGGGCUCUGUGCUGCAGAAGGAGUGCGGGAACUGCACGUGCCAGGAAGGUCAAUGGCAUUGUGGGGGUGACGGUGGCCAGUGUGAAGAGCCGGUGCCUGGCUGUGCAGAAGGAGAGGCCCUGUGCCAAGAGAAUGGGCACUGUGUGCCGCAUGGGUGGCUUUGUGACAACCAGGACGACUGUGGCGAUGGCUCUGAUGAGGAGGGUUGUGCCGCCCCAGGCUGUGGGGAGGGGCAGAUGACUUGCAGCUCCGGCCACUGCCUGCCCCUGGCCCUGCUCUGUGAUGGCCAUGAUGACUGUGGAGAUGGCACAGAUGAGCAGGGCUGCCCGUGCCCCCAGGGCUUGCUGGCCUGUGCCGAUGGACGCUGCCUGCCCCCGGGCCUGCUCUGUGAUGGGCAUCCUGACUGUCUGGAUGCCGCAGAUGAGGAGUCCUGCCUGGGGCAGGUGACCUGCGUCCCCGGGGAGGUGUCCUGUGUCGAUGGCAGCUGCCUGGGGGCCAUCCAGCUGUGUGAUGGAGUCUGGGACUGCCCAGAUGGAGCCGAUGAGGGGCCGGGACACUGCCCCCUACCAUCUCUGCCCACGCCUCCUGCCGGCACCUUGCCUGGCCCCUCCCCUGGCUCCCUGGACACCACGCCGAGUUCCCUGGCCAUUGCUAGCCCUGCGCCGCCCUGCGGCCCCUUUGAGUUUCGGUGCGGCAGCGGCGAGUGCAUCCCGCGGGGCUGGCGCUGCGACCAGGAGGAGGACUGCCCCGACGGCGGCGACGAGCACGGCUGCGGAGAGCCCUGCGCGCCGCACGACGCGCCCUGCGCCCACGGCCCUCACUGCGUGUCCCGCGAGCAGCUGUGCGACGGCGUGCGGCAGUGUCCCGACGGCUCGGACGAGGACCCCGACGCCUGCGGCUCCACCCAGCUGCCUCCGUGCCCUGGCCUCUUUCCCUGUGGUGUGGCUCCGGGGCUGUGCCUAACCCCUGAGCAGCUCUGUGAUGGAAUCCCAGACUGUCCCCAGGGCGAGGACGAGCUGGACUGCGGGGGGCUGCCAGCCCCAGGAGGCCCCAACAGGACAGGGCUUCCCUGCCCAGAAUACACCUGCCCCAAUGGCACCUGCAUAGGCUUCCAGCUGGUGUGUGAUGGGCAACCUGACUGUGGAGGGUCAGGGCAGGCAGGCGCCUCCCCAGAAGAGCAGGGUUGUGGGGCCUGGGGCCCCUGGAGCCCGUGGGGACCUUGCAGCCGGACGUGUGGGCCCGGGGGGCAGGGCCGGAGCCGCCGUUGCUCCCCGCUCGGCCUCCUGGUGCUACAGCACUGCCCGGGGCCUGAGCACCAGUCUCAGACCUGCUUCACAGCAGCCUGCCCAGUGGACGGUGAAUGGAGCGCCUGGUCCCCCUGGUCUGCGUGCUCUGAGCCAUGCAGGGGCACCAUGACGCGGCAACGGCAGUGCCACCCACCCCAGAACGGGGGCCGCACCUGCGCUGCACUGCCCGGAGGCCCACACAGCACCCGCCAGACCAAGCCUUGCCCUCAGGACAGCUGCCCCAAUGCCACCUGCUCUGGGGAGCUGAUGUUCCAGCCCUGUGCCCCCUGCCCACUGACCUGUGAUGACAUCUCUAGCCAGGUCAUGUGCCCACCUGAUCGGCCCUGUGGCAGCCCAGGCUGCUGGUGCCCAGAAGGGCAGGUGCUGGGCAGCGAGGGGUGGUGUGUGUGGCCCCGGCAGUGCCCCUGCCUGGUAGAUGGCGCCCGCUACUGGCCCGGGCAACGAAUCAAGGCCGACUGCCGGCUCUGCAUCUGCCAAGACGGGCGGCCCCGACGCUGCCGACUCAACCCGGACUGUGCUGUGGACUGUGGCUGGUCCUCCUGGUCGCCCUGGGCUGAGUGUCUGGGCCCCUGUGGAAGUCAGAGCAUCCAGUGGUCCUUCCGGAGCCCCAACAACCCCCGCCCCUCUGGACGAGGUCGCCAGUGCCGUGGCAUCCACCGCAAGGCACGCAGGUGCCAGACAGAGCCCUGUGAGGGGUGUGAGCACCAGGGCCAGGUCCACCGUGUCGGGGAACGCUGGCGUGGGGGCCCCUGCAGGGUGUGCCAGUGUCUGCACAACCUCACCGCACGCUGCUCACCCUACUGCCCGCUCGGCAGCUGCCCCCAGGGCUGGGUCUUGGUGGAGGGAACGGGAGAAUCAUGCUGCCACUGUGCCCUACCUGGAGAGAACCAGACAGUCCAGCCCACGGCCACUCCUGCUGCAGCUCCGGCUCCCAGUCCCCAGAUCAGAUUCCCCUUGGCCACUUACAUUCUGCCUCCACCAGGAGACCCCUGCUAUUCUCCCCUGGGGCUGGCAGGACUGGCCGAGGGGAGUCUGCAUGCAUCGUCCCAGCAGCUGGAACACCCCACCCAGGCUGCCCUCAUGGGGGCUCCCACCCAGGAGCCCAGCCCUCACGGAUGGCGCGCUGGUGGGGAUGCUUAUGCCAAGUGGCACACUCGGCCCCAUUACCUGCAGCUGGACCUGCUUCAGCCCCGGAACCUCACUGGCAUCAUAGUGCCAGAGACUGGCUCUUCCGACGCGUCUGCCACCAGCUUCUCACUCCAGUUCAGCAGCAAUGGUCUACGCUGGCUUGACUAUCAUGACAUCCUGCCUGGCAUCUUGCCCCUGCCCAAGCUUUUCCCCAGACACUGGCACGACCUGGACCCUGCCGUAUGGACUUUUGGCCAGAUGGUGCAGGCGAGGUUUGUCAGGGUGUGGCCCCGCGAUGCCCACCACAGCGAUGUCCCCCUGCGGGUGGAGCUGCUGGGCUGUGAGCCAGGGUCCCCACCGGCACCUCUGUGCCCAGGGGUUGGACCCCGCUGUGCCAGUGGUGAGUGUGCCCUGAGAGGGGGCCUGUGCGACGGUGUUCUGGACUGUAAGGAUGGCUCGGAUGAGGAGGGCUGUGUGCUGCCGCCUGAGGGCACUGGCAGAUUCCAUUCUACAGCCAAGACCCUGGCCCUCUCCUCCGCCCAGCCGGGACAGCUGCUGCACUGGCCCAGGGAGGGCCUGGCAGAGACUGAGCGCUGGCCUCCCGGACAGGAGUCCCCCACGUCCCCAACAGAGACAAGGCCCGUGAGUCCUGGCCCAGCCUCUGGGGUACCUCACCAUGGGGAAUCCAUGCAGAUGGUGACCACCACCCCCGUAUCCCAGAUGGAGGCUAGGACCCUGCCACCAGGUAUGGCAGCUGUGACGGUGCUGCCCCCACACCCAGUGACUCCAGCGACCCCUGCUGGCCAGAGCGUCGCCCCAGGGCCCUUCCCACCUGUGCAGUGUGGCCCCGGCCAGAUGCCCUGUGAGGUGCUGGGCUGCGUGGAACAGGCGCAGGUGUGUGAUGGCAGGGAGGAUUGCCUCGACGGCUCCGACGAGAGGCACUGCGCAAGCACUGUGCCCUUCACGGUGCCUACCAUGGCCCUGCCUGGGCUUCCAGCCUCAAGGGCCCUCUGUUCCCCAAGCCAGCUGAGCUGUGGCAGUGGGGAGUGUCUGUCUGCUGAGCGGCGCUGUGACCUGCGGCCUGACUGCCAGGACGGCUCGGAUGAGGAUGGCUGUGUGGACUGUGUGCUGGCCCCCUGGUCUGUCUGGAGCAGCUGCAGCCGCAGCUGUGGCCUGGGCCUCACCUUCCAGCGCCAGGAGCUGCUGCGACCUCCUCUGCCAGGGGGCAGCUGCCCACCUGACCGGUUCCGAAGCCAGUCCUGCUUCAUGCAGGCCUGCCCAGUGGCUGGGGCAUGGGCCAUGUGGGAGGCCUGGGGGCCCUGCAGUGUCUCCUGUGGGGGUGGCCAUCAGAGUCGCCGGAGAAGCUGUGUGGACCCCCCACCCAAGAAUAGCGGUGCCCCCUGCCCCGGGCCCUCCCAAGAGAGGGUACCCUGCGGCUUGCAGCCCUGCUCAGGUGGCACAGACUGCGAGCUGGGCCGUGUGUAUGUGAGUGCUGAUCUGUGCCAGAAGGGGCUAGUGCCCCCGUGCCCACCCUCCUGCCUGGAUCCCAAGGCUAACAGAAGCUGCAGUGGGCAUUGCGUGGAAGGAUGCCGCUGUCCCCCGGGACUCCUUCUGCAUGACACUCGCUGCCUGCCCCUCUCUGAGUGCCCCUGCCUGGUGGGCGAAGAGCUGAAGUGGCCAGGGGUGUCCUUCGUCCUGGCCAACUGCAGCCAAUGCGUGUGUGAGAAGGGGCAGUUGCUGUGCCAACCAGGGGGCUGCCCCCUGCCCUGCGGCUGGUCAGCCUGGUCCUCCUGGGCUCCCUGCGACCGCUCCUGUGGCUCUGGAGUGAGGGCCAGGUUCAGGUCUCCCUCCAACCCUCCGGCAGCCUGGGGAGGCGCCCCCUGUGAAGGUGACAGGCAGGAACUGCAGGGCUGCCACACAGAGUGUGGGACAG